CGCGUCACCGCGGCUCCUUCCCUGCGCAGCAGACACAUCUACAGACAUGGCUCCGUGAGACGCGGCACAUGGCGGCCGGCGGCCAUGAACCAAAAAAAAACAACUCACCAAAAAAAAAAAAUAAUAAAAACAACCCGUAAAUAUCAAAUGCAUCCGUAACUGCCCGGUGUCAUUUUCCAUUUGUUUUUCUUUUUUGGAUUUUACAGCUCCACAAACCGACAGCGUUUACUACUAGCCCAUGAUCAUCAUCAUCCAGCAGCAGUUUUUUUCUUUUUAAUUCUGUCCAGAUUUUAUUUUAUUAAGCGGUGGGGGGACUCGCUACUACCAGCAACCGCCGUUUCCAACAGUUCUGUUUUUUUUUUUUGACGCUUUCCAGCACCAGUCAGUCCUUUCCGUCGCGGCUCGUCCUUCCGUCUGUCCGUCAUCAUGGGCGUGCAGGGUUUCCAGGAGUACAUCGAGAAGCACUGCCCCAGCGCCGUGGUGCCCGUGGAGCUCCAGAAGCUGGCCCGGGGCAGCCUGGUGGGGGGCGGCCGCCAGAGACCACCCCAGAGCCCGCUGCGGCUGCUCGUGGACGCCGAGAACUGCCUGCACCGGCUCUACGGCGGCUUCUACACGGACUGGGUGAGCGGCGGCCAGUGGAACCACAUGCUGGGCUACCUGGCGGCGCUGGCCAAGGCCUGUUUCAGCGGCAACAUCGAGCUGCUCGUGUGCUUCAACGGCGCGCUCGAGAAGGGCCGCCUGCACGAGUGGGUCAAGCGGCAGGUGAACGAGCGGCAGACGGCGCAGCAGAUCGUGAGCCACGUGCAGAACAAGGGCACGCCGCCGCCCAAGGUCUGGUUCCUGCCGCCCGUGUGCAUGGCGCACUGCAUCCGCCUGGCGCUGCUCCGCUUCCACAUCGGGGUCGCCCAGAGCAUCGAGGACCACCACCAGGAGGUGAUCGCCCUGUGCAGGGAGAACGGCUUCCACGGCCUGGUGGCCUACGACUCGGACUACGCCCUGUGCAACAUCCCCUACUACUUCAGCGCCCACGCCCUCAAGCUGAGCCGCAACGGCAAGAGCCUCACCACCAGCCAGUACCUGAUGCACGAAGUGGCCAAACAGCUGGAUCUCAACCCCAACCGCUUUGUCAUCUUCGCUGCGCUCUUAGGUAAUCACAUUCUGCCCGACGAGGACUUGGCGGCCUUUCACUGGAGUCUCCUGGGACCGGAGCACCCCUUAGCAUCUUUGAAGGUACGCGCCCACCAGCUCGUGCUGCCGCCCUGCGACGUGGUGAUCAAGGCCGUUGCAGACUACGUGCGCAACCUGCAAGAUGUCAAUGACUUGGAAGCCAUAGCGAAGGACAUCUUCAGACAUUCGCAGUCCAGAACCGAUGACAAAGUGGUGCGAUUUAAGAAGGCAAUCGAGUACUACUCCGCCGCCAGCAAACCCCUACCGUUCUCUCCUUACUUAGUCAGACCAAAUGCGAUGGGAGUGCCCAUCCCUGUACCGCAGUACGUACCUCCACAGAUGCUCAACAUUCCACCGACUGGCGCUCCCGUGAAACCCGGGGUCCAGCAGCUGCCUGGCCAGAACGCCUACUCGACCCCCCUGGGUGAGCUGGGCCUGGGCCUGGACCCCAUGGGGAAGAACCACCCGGAUCAGAACAGCUUCGGCACCAUUCCUCACGAGGGGAAGCACACCCCCCUGUAUGAGAGGUCCUCGCCCAUCAACCCCGCCCAGGGAAGCAGCCCCAACCACGCGGAGCCCGCCUUCUUCAACACCUCGUCCACAUCCUCGUCCUCCGAGAACGAUGAGAACAUGGGCACCGCUGCCAAUCAUAUCAGCGACCAUAAAGGAGGCUGGGAGAAAACAGGGAGCCAGUUGGAAAACGUACCAGAGGGCGACCUGGGAGACCAAAGUAAAGCUGAGGACUCGCCCACAGCGUACCCCGGGGGGCACCACGGCGCCAACACCCAGAUCCCCUCGCUGCUGUCGAUGCCGACACGGAACCACAUGGACAUCACGACGCCGCCGCUGCCUGCCGUGGCUCCCGAGGUUCUGCGGGUGGCCGAGCACAGGCACAAGAAGGGCCUGAUGUACCCCUACAUUUACCACGUCCUAACCAAGGGUGAGAUCAAGCUGUCCGUCACCAUCGAGGACGAGGCCAAUAAAGAACUGCCUUCGGCCGUGCAGCUCUACCGGCCCGUGCGCCAGUACAUCUACGGCGUGCUCUUCAGCCUGGCCGAGGCCAAGAAGAAGGCGGAGCGGCUCGCCAUGAGGAGGAACCGCCUGCCUGAAUAUCCCCACGUGAUCGUAAAGGAGUGGGCGGCCUACAAGGGCAAGUCGCCGCACACGCCUGAGCUGGUGGAGGCGCUGCCCUUCCGGGAGUGGACCUGCCCCAACCUCAAGAAGCUGUGGCUCGGCAAGGCCGUGGAGGACAAGAACCGGCGCAUGCGGGCCUUCCUGGCGUGCAUGCGCUCGGACACGCCCGCCAUGCUGAACCCGGCCAACGUGCCGACGCCGCUCAUGGUGCUGUGCUGCGUGCUGCGGUUUAUGUUACAAUGGCCAGGAGUAAGAAUUUUGCGUCGUAACGAACUUGACGCUUUCCUAGCCCAAGCACUUUCUCCUAAACUAUAUGAACCUGACCAGCUGCAGGAGCUUAAGAUCGACAACCUGGACCCCCGGGGGGUGCAGCUGGCCGCGCUCUUCAUGAGCGGCGUGGACAUGGCGCUGUUCGCCAACGACGUGUGCGGCCAGCCAAUCCCGUGGGAGCACUGCUGCCCCUGGAUGUACUUCGACGGCAAGCUGCUCCAGAGCAAGCUGAUCAGGGCGAACCGGGACAAGGCCCCGCUCAUUGACCUCUGUGAUGGUCAGGCUGAGCUGGUGGCCAAAGUGGAGAAGAUGCGUCAGAGUAUCCUGGAGGGGCUCACCUUCUCGCGGCCCCCGCACCCUCUGCCCUUUCCCCCACCGCCACACGGCAUGCCUUUUUACCCCCCGAGCACUACCUUCUACCCCCCACCCCCUAUGCCCCCGCCUCAGGGCAGAGGGAGGGGCAUGCCAGGGCUUCAAGCCAUUCCCUCCCAGGGUGGCAAGCUGGAGAUCGCGGGCACCGUGGUGGGCCAGUGGGCAGGGAGCCGGCGUGGUCGGGGCCGGGGCGCCUUCCCUCUCCAGGUGGUGUCAGUAGGAGGACCAACCAGAGGUCGUCCAAGAGGGGUGAUUUCAACACCUGUCAUCAGGACCUUUGGUCGAGGAGCCAAAUACCACGGUAGAGGCUUCAAGGCUCAAGGAUCGUACCAGGUACACUCCAUCCAGAGCAAGCCUGCAUACGCUGCUUCAGCCACCGAGGCAGUGAAGGAGCGGAAGAAGCCCAAGCCGGAGGAGACCAAGUCCCCCCCGCAGUCAUCGGAGGGGUCUGCGGCGGAGAACGGGGUGGAGGCAAAGGAGGCCAAGGAGGCAAAGGAGGCCAAGGAGGCCGAGGAGGCCAAGGAGGCCGAGGAGGCCGAGCAGCUGAACGGGAACAAAGAGAGCGGCGGGGCUCCGAACCAGCCCCAAAGUGCCUUGAGCAGUGACUCUAAAAUGUGCAAUACUAAUCCUCAUUUAAAUGCACUAAAUGCAGACGGCGACUGCCACAGGAGCGACUCUGUGAGCGCCUCUGUCUUAAAAACAGAAGAGUAAACCUAUUUUUAUAGAGAGGGUGAAGGAUGAUGAAGGGUUUAGGGUCAGGAAUAUCUGGAAAGACGGAAAGCCUACAGUUGACGUACAUUUUUUCCCCUCUCCGUAGGAGAAAAAUGGAGGACCUGUUUUGAAAAUUUGGAUCCCUCUUUUGAUGUCAGCAAGAAUUUAAACACGAAAGUCUGUUUCUCGAUUUAACGAAAGACGAUAAUACCAGUUACGGAUACAACACUUACCAGUUUAAGGAGUAGGACAGAACAGGCCGCUCCCUCAUCACUGAUCUUUACACGUUUCAAACUGGUUACGUGAGCGUUAUUUUUUUUCUUUCUUUCUUGAAAUAACUAAAGCGGAAAAAUGCUUUCAUUUGGCACAAGUCUUUUAGUACUUAUAGGUUGAGAUACUCUUUUUCAGAACCUGGCAUCAUAUAUUUGCCAUUGUAAUUGAUUUUGUGUUGUGGCACAGUAAACUCUGUGAAAUAAACUCGCAUAUGAGGAAAAAAGAGAAACACAAAAACCACAUUUCUCACAUGGGUCAUAACUGUGGGUUUUAUUGUGUUGAAAAAUGUGCAGAAUAAUUUCGAAAUUAAGUAACUAGAGUAAAUACUGCAGCUUAAGUUCAGAUAUCAUUAUAUGUCAUUCUUAAAGAUAUAUAAGUAACAUGUCAAGAAACGGUUUAGGGGAAAAAAAAAAAAGAAUCACCUACGAUGCAGACGAUCUCUCAAAGAAACUCAAGAUACAGUUUGUGUCAAAUUGCCAUGCAUCAGUGAUCAAUGAAAAAUGUGGUUUCUUGAAUCCAAUGUAGAACAUUAGUACUACUGUUUCAGCUAAACUUUCUGCAUGGUUCAUAAUUUUAAAAGGUGUGUAGUUAUUAUGCAUGUUGUCCUUUUUCUUCCAUCCUUACAAGUACUGUGCCCAUUUACAAAAUUUAAAAAAAAGGCUAAUAAUCAGUAAUAGUCCUAUAAAAGGUGUUAACUGUUUAGUCAGUAACUGAUUUGCUCUAACCUUAAAUUUUUGUGAUUAUUGACCUCUGUUGCAUUUAAUCAAAAAAGAAAAAACUUACAAAAAAUUAUCUAGCCACUUUGAAUAUUGUUAACCCUGGUGUACUCAUUACUGUAUACAUUAUUGUUCUCUGUUGCUGUUUUAUGCAUUCAUAUUAGCAAAACAUCUCUCUGGAAAAAAGAAAAAUCUCAAAAAAAAGCUUUGAUCUUAAAUGGGCCCCCCCCACCCCCUUUUCGUAGCUGGAAACGAGUCGGCAGGAUGCUUGACCUUCCCAUCAAGAGUUUAGCAUAAGCAAGUAAACCUGUAAUCAUUUUCAAUGUUUACUUUAGUGUUUUCAAACUUAUUGUACUUCUAAAAACAGAAUCGUUAUGAACUUUUAUUUUCCAUCUAAUUCUCCUGAUGCUUUCCAUCACACAUUAGUGAUCAGAAAUACGAUGUAUUCCCCCCCGUUCCCACCCGCAAGAGCUAAAUAGGUUACCUUGAUGUAAGUUGGAUGGAGUUUCUACCUAACUCAUGGGUUGUAAAAGAAUGAACUACUGUUGGGUUCGACUGAAUGUUGAUGGAUUGUGGCUUGGUGUUUCUGAAGGCAAUUGAAUGCAACUUACAAUGCUUAAUAAAAGUCUAUUCUUUUAGUAUAAA